AUGACUCUGGCCAAUGAUUUCAGAUAUUCAACCGCUAUGUCUUCAUCUUUUUCAGCUCUUCAUACUACUGUUGAAGACAGAUACCACAGGUUGCCUAACUCUUUCUGGGUUUCCUCGGGGCAGGAACUGAUGAAUAACCCCGUGCCCUGUCAGGUUGUCUCUGGUGGCAACUCUGGUGCGCAUUUGUUUUCUUCUUCCUCUGGAUUCUGCAAUGUCUCAGCUGUCUCACUCCAUGGAAGGAACUCCCAAACCCAGCCACCACCCGUUUCUACCAUGCCAAAAGACAGAUUGGCUAUGCAGGAUUGCCCUUUGGAAGCACAACCCCAAGAGUUCACCGAUCCUCUUCAGGAGUUCUUUGAUUUUUCUGACCAUGUUUCUGUUCCGAAUCUUCAAGCAGAGAGUAGUGGAGUGAGGGUGAUCUCGUCUGAGGAACUAUAUAAGAAAAGCGAAUGGCAAAACUGGGCAGAUCAGCUGAUUUCUGUUGACGAUGGUUCGGAGCCGAAUUGGUCUGAACUUCUCGGAGAUUCAACUGACCUCAAUCCAAAUUCAAAGAUGCAGGCACCGUUUUCGGAUGUAGCAAGACAAGAGAUGAAAGCUAUCGAGCAGCAUCAGAUGGUCUCAUCAGAAGAGCAGCUCAGUGGCAGAAACGCAUCAUCUAGUGUAUCAACAUCUAAACAACGCAUGCGCUGGACACCAGAACUUCAUGAGGCAUUCGUUGAAGCUGUUAAUCAGCUCGGUGGUAGUGAACGAGCCACGCCUAAGGCUGUUUUGAAGCUCUUGAAUAACCCUGGUUUGACCAUUUAUCAUGUGAAAAGCCAUUUGCAGAAAUACAGAACGGCAAGGUAUAAGCCGGAGACUUCAGAAGUUACAGGAGAACCUCAAGAGAAGAAGAUGACAUCUGUAGAAGAUAUCAAAACUCUUGACAUGAAAACGAGCGUUGAGAUCACACAAGCUCUACGGUUACAGAUGGAAGUUCAGAAACGUCUCCAUGAGCAGCUCGAGAUCCAACGGUCGCUGCAGUUACAGAUUGAGAAACAGGGGCGAUACCUACAGAUGAUGUUCGAGAAACAACAGAAAUUACAAGAGAAUAAGAGCUCUCCCUCAGAGCCAUCACCAAUGCAAAGCAACACAUCUGCAGAAGUCGAAUUUGGUCUUGAGACACGCACAGGGGACCAAACUGAAUCCGCCUCGGCUUCUAGGAAACGGGUCAGAGAAGAUUAG